AUUACAUUAACUUCUUAAAAAUGAAUGGGAGGUCAUGCAAUAUGAGCCGUCGGACAACAGGUAUUCCUCAUGGACCUAGGAUGAUCAGUGGACAGCAGAUCCCACCUAUCAGAGUUCAUGCAGGAAUGCCCUGCCCGUCUUCAAAUAGCAGCACCCCAAGCCCAGCUAUUGGAAACUUGUCUGCCAGCCUACACUUAAAGAUGCCCCUUGGAGGAGGGGUGGUUCCUCCGAGCAACAUCAUUGACAGUACUAUUCACCUUCCUGCUCUAAGUCCCGGGAAACAAGUGGUUACAAAUGGGAAGCCUUUAUUACAAGUCCCACAGCCCCCAGGACUGCCAGCCCCACAGUCUUUAAAGCCAAAACAGCAAGAAUUUGGAAAUACUUUCUCCCCAUGUACAGGUGAAGGAGGUCUUGGUUAUGGACCCCAGUGCAAGUCCGUUGGAAAAGGCAGCUGCAACAAUGUCAUAUUCACCAGCCAUCCCAUGACGGUUCAACAGCUGGGACCUGUUUCACCUCCUGCUAAUCAGGUUUCAAUAGCAUGCAACCAGAUCAGCCCUGUCUUGCAGAGGUCUAUGGAUGCUUCCAGCCUGAGCGCUUCUCCAUCAGAUACAAGGUCGCUCUUGUCACGUGAGUCUCUGGCCUCUACAACGUUAAGCUUGUCAGAGAGUCAGUCCACUUUGAGUGUUAAGCAAGAGUGGUCACAUGCGUACAGGACACUUCCUUCUGUUCCUCCUGACCAAGGUUUACAAAAUGGCAGUGAGCUGGGGGACUUACUAAAUUUUUCACCUGGAACAUCUGUGUCCAGUAACUGCGUCUCUAACUCGUUACCAUCCUACUUAUAUGGCGUGGAAAAUAAGCAUUCCCCUUACUCUAGUCCUUGCCAUUCCUCAGCCCGGUCUCAACCAGCCCGCUCCAAAAAGAGAGCACUCUCUCUGUCUCCUCUGUCUGACGGCAUUGGGAUCGACUUCAAUACAAUCAUCUGUACGUCCCCCACCUCUCUGGUGGCCUACAUCAACAGCUCUAGGACAUCACCAGCAAACGUCUCCCCACAGCCUGAGGUCUAUGGACAUUUUUUGGGAGUGAGAGGAAGCUGUAUACCCCCAAAUUGCUCUAUUCCAACUGCCCAGAAAGGCCUUCUCAUGGCUAAUGGCAACGUCACCUUCCCAGGCUAUGUUGAGAGUGGGGCUGGCGACUACCAGCGGAUGCAGCAGCUGGAGCAAGCCAGCUUGCAGAUGGCUGCCACAAGUAACAUGUUGAUCCAUCAGGGUGUGCCACCCAUGGACAACCAGGUGGUGGGCGUCCUGAAAAAUGGACGGCUGGAUGACUUCUCAGGCCGUACAGUGGACAUGCCUCCUCCACCCCUGCUGCCGCCGCUUCCUCCACAAGGACCACCCCCACCAUACCAUGCUCACCAGCACCGGCUCCCACACAGCCUCCCCAGUCGCAUUCACGCGCUGCCUGUGCCUCCUUCUGCCCCAGGCUCCCUGCUUGACGAAGAUGGUGAACUAGAUGAUUUCCAUGGCAAGCAUGGCUGUUGCUGGGUUGACUGCGGUGCACUGUAUGACCACCAAGAGGAACUUGUGCGGCACAUAGAGAAGAUCCAUAUAGACCAGAGGAAGGGAGAGGACUUCACUUGCUUCUGGGCAGGGUGCCCACGAAGGCACAAGCCGUUUAAUGCCCGUUAUAAACUGCUGAUUCACAUGAGAGUCCACUCAGGAGAGAAGCCAAACAAAUGCACAUUUGAGGGUUGCAAGAAAGCCUUUUCCAGACUAGAAAAUCUCAAGAUUCACUUAAGGAGCCAUACGGGUGAAAAGCCGUACCUGUGUCAGCACCCUGGCUGCCAGAAAGCAUUCAGCAACUCCAGCGACCGCGCCAAGCACCAGAGGACACACUUGGACACUAAACCUUAUGCAUGUCAGAUUCAAGGAUGUACUAAACGAUACACAGAUCCAAGUUCCCUGAGAAAGCAUGUGAAAGCUCAUUCUUCCAAAGACCAACAAGUCAGGAAAAAGUUGCGAUUGAACUCAGAGCUUGGCCAGGACAUCCUGAAUGACUGCCUCGUAAUCCAGCCCCUCCAGCCAGCCCCAUCACCACAUGAUGAUGGAGAUAAUACCAUGGGACACUCCCCAGGGCCUGCUCACGGUAUUUACCCAGCCACCAUGUUCCCCAGCACACGGACAAGUCGAAGUGCAACAGCAGCUGGGGCAGUGCCCUUGUCCCAGCCCAGCAGCCACCCCUCCCCAGGAUGUAACAUACAGGGUAGUCCUCUCCAUCCUCCCCCCCAGUUAUCUGUUCUCUCAGCUGCGGACUCAGAGAGGUUUGUUGCUCUGGCUCCUUCUCCUCACCACAUCAGCCCCCAGAGAAUUUCAGUUCCCCAUCACAUGAUGCAGAGACGGACUCCACAACCUCCCCACCUUCAACAGCCUGUGGAAAUGCCUCUGAAGGCAUACCAGCCAGCAGCAAACCCUUCUUUUCAACCAAAUAGCCUCCACAUCCAAGGUUUUUAUGGGCAGCUUCAGACUUUCUGCCCUCCACAUUAUGCUGACACUCAGAAGAAUGUACAUCAUGGUGUUUCUUGCAAUGUGGUUCCUCCUUUUGAAGACUGCUUAGUUCCCACAUCAGCAGGCCAGGCAGGGCUUGGCAUUUUCCAUCGAACUUUUUCAGCUCAUUCAGGUAUUACAGUUUAUGACUUUCCAGCAGGGUCCACGGGUAUCUUUGGUGAUUCAGCUCGCAGCAUGCCAGAGGAUAGCAGUUUUCUACAAAUAAAUGCUGUGGAUCAUUGUUCUAGCCAGCUUUCUUCUGUCUACACUGAAGGCUAAAGCAAUAUAAAUCUAGUUACGAGAACUUUAUUCCAUUUCAUCUUGCCCAUCUGAUAUUUCUCUACAAAAUUUUUCUCUCCAUGAAACUGCCAUGUAUGUAUGGGGAUAUGGGUUGAUAUACAUACGUAAUGGAGAGGAAAAAAAGCAAUCACCGAGCAUUCAUCAUGUAAUCAGCAGUCAACUGAGAAGGAGAAGGUUUGGAGAAAGCAAGCUUUGCCAAAACCUUAGCAAUUGUUUAUUUUCUUUUCAUCUGUGGCACAGCAACUCUACUUUUUUUUGUUCUUUCUUCUUUUAAUUUCUCAAAGGGAAUUCACAAACUGAAUAAGGCAACUGCUUGUUGGCUGUAAUCCUUUCAAGCUGAAUGCAUGGACUUACUGAAGAACACAGCUUUAGAAAAUUCCUUUUUUAAAAAAAAAGGAAAAGAAGUAAAACCAGAGCAUACUGCAAACAUUUCAAAGGCACACAGCUUUUUGCACAACUUGUUCGCAUGUGAUGCUUCCAAAGUUAAACACACACCAGCAUCAAAAAGGGAGAGAAAUUAGACAUACAUCCUGGCACUACCCAUUGGAGGCAUUGGUGUGGCUUCUUUUUGGAGCCAAAGAUCAUUGGUACUGGAUUUCUUACGGGCCUCGGUUUAGGUGUCUGUUCCUUCCCUCUGUAUUUUAAGCCAUACAAUAUGGCCAUUGCUAUUUUUCC